AUGAGAAAGAAGAUGGGUGUACUUUAUCAUUGGAUUUCUUCCUUUUUUGUCCUUUUACGCGACGUCGUUUCCAAGUGUAGAACUCUUCAUGGAAGGUAUUUAUCAACUCCAUGGUUAUGUAGUCCAAAUCUCCAGACAACUUUUCUUCAUUAUUUUGGAAAUCCCCCCAAGGUCAGAUACAAAAGGCACAUUUUUGUGACCUCUGAUGGUGGAACUCUAGCUUUGGAUUGGGUCGAGAAUGCCCAAGUUAAGGGGCAAGCCUUUCAAGUUGAUGGUCAUGGUCAUGUGCAGAAAGAUGGUGAAAAUCCCAUCUUAAUUAUUGUUCCUGGUUUGACAAGUGCAUCUGAUUCAGCUUAUGUUAAACAUCUGGCAUUCAUUAUGGCUAAACGAGGAUGGAGCGUUGUUGUAAGCAAUCAUCGGGGACUAGGUGGUGUAUCGAUUACUUCGGACUGCUUCUACAAUGGUGGAUGGACAGAGGAUAUAAGAAAUGUGAUCAACCAUAUUCACUGCCAAUACCCCGAGGCUCCAUUAUAUGUAGUUGGCACUAGCAUAGGUGCUAACAUGCUGAUAAAAUACCUUGCUGAGGAGGGAACGAGUGCUCCUGUGGUUGGAGCUGCAGCAAUCUGUUCACCUUGGGAUCUUUUGAUAUGUGACAGAUUUAUGAACCGCAAACUCAUACAGAGGCUUUACAACAAAGCGUUGGCGGUUGGCUUGAAAGACUAUGCCCAAAUGCAUGAAGCUGUCCUUUCUCGAAUUUCAAACUGGGAAGGCGUUCAAAAGUCACGUUCAGUUCGGGACUUUGAUGAUUCAGCAACUCGUGUUCUUGGUAACUAUGAGACCGUGGAUACCUACUAUAGGCGUUGUAGCAGUGCUAAUUUUGUGGGAAGUGUAAUGGUGCCCCUUCUUUGCAUCAGUGCUUUAGAUGAUCCUAUAUGUACACGCGAAGCUAUUCCAUGGGAUGAGUGCAGGUUAAAUAAAAACGUUGUGUUAGCUACAACAGAACAUGGAGGGCAUUUACCUUUUUUCGAAGGGUUAACUGCAAAAAGUGUCUGGUGGGUAAGGGCCGUGGAUGAAUUUUUCAGUAUUCUGCAAUCCAGUCCCCGGAAAAUAGAGAUUUCAGUCCCCUCCGUCAACCCCGGAGAGUCAUCCAUUGAUCAGGCCCCUUACGUGCAUCUCUCUGAAGACGGCAUGGUUGGUGGAGUAAGCGAUGAAACACAAGUCGAACACCAAGAACAAAAUAAAGCUGGAGACAGAAUCCAUGCUGAACUCAGCCAGCCACCAAAUACUGAUCAAGGUAUGGCCACCAUUGUUGCUCCGGUGAUGAAACGCCUGAAUCAACUCUCUCGUCAGAAUCAGACAUCUCUGUGGCUGCUUGCCUACAUUGCCUUCCUUACUACCUGGCCACUCGUGGGCUCUGCUGUGUCUGUUUUCCUCCGUAAAAGAUUUAAAGCUCGUUUCUCCUCCCCAUAAAUUGCACCUCAAAUGCGUGUAUUUAUCUGUAACACAUGAGAUAUAUAUAAAAAACACAGCAUCAGUUUUACUGACGACUACCAAGCUUUGAUGCUUCUUUUAGUCA